UUGACCUCUGCCAUACAGUGGCCGACUCCGCAACAAAAAAGUCUCGUGCGAAUUGUGCUCACCUAGUAUGCAAGUUUACAAUACUUACGCAACCCUUUCGAUAUGGAACCGCCUCUAUACAAUCUCGUCCCUGAGCCCUUGGACACGGCGGAGCAUGACACACCGGAAUUACUCGCGCAUGCUCGCUCGAUUGCGGAGAGAACUAAAUCGAACUUGUUUUGCAGCAUGUACGGCACCAACCCACUCAAUAUCGCCGACCCAAGCUUGCUCAUAACAUGGUUUCCGUGGCACAAGUACUCCGCGCCGCAACCGCUUCCCGAAGUGACGAUGUCGGAAAAACUCCAUGUUUGCGAACAGCUAAAUGCAACAGGAAAUCCUCUCCUGUUCUUAGUCGAGCAUGGAGGCCAGAAAAUGCUACUGAAAGUCUAUCAUAAGUUCCCUGACCGGGACGCGCUACAGGAUGAUGAAAACGACGACGGCGAAGAGGAUACGUGGGGACGCUACACACGCAAGCCGGAUCUGAGGGUCCUCUUUCAGCGCGAGUGUAACGCGUAUGCCCAUCUGCUCCACUUUGGCGUGUGCAAGCGAGGCACCGUCCCGCACUGCUAUGGGUGGGCUACCCUUUCGUCUCGUGAUGUGGGCAAGCUCGUAGCGCUCCCAUUAGUCUCGGACGUGGUCCGUGCCCUAUCUAGCGAAGAGCGCCCGCCAAAAGACAUCCUUAUCGAGUACUUCGCAAACGCAGAACGUCUCUCCUAUCGCAAUAUCACGUCGGAAAUAGCGCAGGUUGCGCUGCGGGCCUUGCAUGCGAUUAAUGCAGCGAACGUCAUCCAUGGCGACGUCCAUCGGCGCAACAUCCUUCUACUGCCAGAUAAACGUGUCAUUUGGAUCGACUUCGACUGCUCGUCUUGUGUGAGCAGUGGCCACUUGAUGCGCCAGGACUUCUUGAGGGAGCUCAGGGACGCGUGGUCAUACAUGUAUGAGGAGCUGGUAAGUGGCAUGAACCGUAUUCUGGACUGGAUCUAAUGGCG